UUCUCCAAUAGAUACUAUCAACCCUGAACUGCUACCGAGGCCAUUGAUGAGCUCCCGUUUUCUCUGUCCAUAGGCCACGGCGAUUCACAACUGGAGCAUUGUAGAAAUUGCAACUCUGAAUCCCACUUCUUCGCUGUUUCUGUAUCUCAUAUAGUCUAGCGAGCGAUUUUGAAAUUUCCGGUGGCGGAGGGAUCGACGGAAAUGGUAAAGUGACGGUGGCUGUAAAUCUAGAAGAAAUUGCCACCAAAAGAUCUAGAUGUCCAAUGAUGUGGAAAAUCCCAAAGCUGGUGAAGCCCAAACAGGCCCAGGUUCCCUAUCUGCUUCCAUAGAAACCCAAGCAACAUGGCUUAAUUGCCUACUCCAACAAGCAUCAGUCUAUGGUAUAGCUGCCGGAUACUGCAUUUCGGCAUCAUUGCUCUCUAUAAUCAACAAAUGGGCUGUCAUGAAAUUUCCUUACCCUGGAGCACUCACUGCUUUACAGUACGUCACCAGUGCAGCUGGAGUCCUCCUUUUUGGGUCACUCAAGUUUAUAGAGCACGAUCGGCUUGAUUUUAUGACAAUGUGGCGAUUUCUACCAGCAGCAAUUAUAUUCUACCUGUCUCUUUUCACGAACAGUGAGCUCCUUCUCCAUGCCAACGUUGACACAUUCAUUGUCUUCCGUUCAGCUGUCCCUAUCUUUGUGGCAAUAGGAGAGACCCUCUACUUGCACCAACCAUGGCCAACUAUAAAGACGUGGUUCUCACUUGCCACAAUCUUUGGUGGUAGCGUACUUUAUGUCCUAACAGAUUACCAGUUCACUCUUACUGCCUAUAGCUGGGCACUGGCUUACUUGAUGAGCAUGUCCAUAGAUUUUGUUUACAUCAAACAUGUGGUGAUGACCAUUGGUUUAAACACGUGGGGACUGGUGCUGUACAAUAAUCUAGAGGCUCUGCUGCUAUUCCCCUUAGAGCUGCUAAUUAUGGGGGAGCUGAAGAAGAUAAAACAUGAAAUUUCGGAUGAGUCGGAUUGGUACUCUUUUCAGGUGGUUUUGCCAGUGGGGCUGUCUUGUUUAUUUGGUUUAGCCAUCUCUUUCUUUGGGUUCUCUUGUCGGAGGGCAAUCUCUGCAACCGGAUUUACUGUUCUUGGCAUUGUGAACAAGCUGUUAACAGUUGUAAUCAAUCUGGUUAUUUGGGACAAACAUUCAACAUUCGUUGGAACAGUGGGACUAUUGAUCUGUAUGAUAGGUGGUAUUAUGUAUCAGCAGUCUACAAGCAACAAGCCUAAGGAGGUGAAGGAAGUAAAGCCACAGGAAACUGAGGAGGAACAACAGAAGCUACUUGAAAUGCAAAGCAGCACAGAAAGCAAUGUCAACGAGAAGCAAGUUACAGAUUCAGAGGGGAAAUAAGAAACGGAAUUCCUAAACCAACUCCUUCCAUAAUAUCGUCGGUGAUGUAAAGAUUAUUCAACGGUUCCCAGUCCCAGUGAGCUCUACAAGUGCUCGGCGGUGGCAAUGGUGACGGCGAUGACGAAGAGUCCGAAAAACACUGCAGAUCAUAUGAACGUCGGCUUGCACCUGCAGGGCCACCAUGAAAGUCGAGGCCCCCAGAACUUUUUACACCUUCAC